GUGGGAUUUUCUGACUUACAUGGUUAGUGCUGCUGUUGAAGCCCUGGUUGGCCACAGGUUUUCAUAGUCUGGUUAUUUCCAAGUAGGGCUAUUGUAAUGUGCCCUACAUGCCUUUGAAAAUGGUCUGGAAGUUGCAACUGGUGCAGAAUUCUGAUGCCAGAGUUCUAGCUGAAUGCCCCAGGGUAUUCCUCAAACAUAAAUUCUGAAACAAUUGCACUGCUUGUCUAUUGUCUUCCAGGCCUAAUUUAAGCUGUACAAAUUAAAAAGUUAACCUGAAUGCCCUGGGCUCCAAAUAUCUGAAAGUGUGCCUCCUCCCAUACUGACCUGCAUGAAUUUUAAAAUCUACGUGGGAAGCCCUGAGGCUUAUGGAAUAGGGGUCUGUGGACCAUCUUUCUCUGCAGUGGCUGCUCUUCUUUGGAACAGUCUCUCCUUUAGUAGUGGUAUGGAACCUUUGAAAUUAUAUUGUUGCUGAUGGUUUCAUUUGUUACUGAGUUCCGUAUAUUGUUUUAGAGUGUUUCAAUUUCAAUUUUUAACUUUUGGUUUGGAUUGUGUAUAUUUCCAACCUAGGACCUUUGGGUAGUAACAUAAAAAAUUACGACACAGUCCAGUCAUUGUUCAUAGUGUUUCAUCAUCUGAAGCAUGUGUCAAAAUUCUGGUGGGCUCCACAAUGUCAGAGUGGGCGUUUAAGGAUAAUCACGUUGAUGGCCCUAGACUCCUUGCCAUUCCUCAGUGAGACCAGGACCUCAACAGGGGUGUCAGACAUGCCGAUCAGAAAAUCCCAUAGAGCAGGGGACCCCAGACUGUGGCCAAUGGACCAUGAAUGAUAGGAGCACUGUCUGUGAACAAUGGGUGCAAAGACUGCUUCAUCAUUCUUAGAACCCAGUGAUCCAGUCUGGCCACAAGGUGAGCAGGAAGUGGACCAGAAGUAAUGGGAAGAAGACACUUGGAAAGGGUUCUAAGGAAUACAAAUUGUAAUACAAUACAAUGAAGUACAGUAUAUGAGAAAAGAAGCAAUGAAAGUGCAGUUAAAAAUCAUACAGCAUUUAGCAAAUUGCAUCACAUUUACAACAACAGGCAGAAAAAACUGCGGAACAAGGCCUCUUAUGGAUGAGAAAAAAACAGAGUCUCGGAUUAUAGGUGGACAUGAUGCCAUGGUUGGAUCUUGGCCAUGGCAAGUUAGCCUUCAGCAUUAUACCAUUGGCCUAGGAUAUUUCCAUCUGUGUGGUGGAAGUUUAAUUACAAACAACACGGUGUUGACAGCAGCACACUGCGUUAAAAAAAAUAGGAACGCAGCCUUUUGGAGGGCUGUCAUCGCCGUGCAUCAUCUUCAUGCACACAACUAUUAUACUCGAAAGCGCCGGGUCAGUACAAUCACGGUCCAUUCUGAUUAUGAUUCAGAAAGCUAUGAAAAUGAUAUUGCCUUGUUUACGCUAAUAAAACAUGUAAAAUAUAAUAAUUAUAUUCAGCCCAUCUGCAUACCUGAAAAUGAUACUAUUGACUUGUACCCAUGUUACAUAGCUGGCUGGGGAAACACAAAGGAGAAAGGUGUUGGCAAAUUAAUAUUACAAGAAGCUCAGGUAGACGUUUUUCCGCUGAGAUUAUGCAAUAGAUAUGACUCGUAUGCAGGGAGAUUAACAGAAAACAUGGUUUGUGCUGGCUCUCUGACUGGACGUGUUGAUAGCUGCCAGGGAGACAGCGGUGGACCUUUGAUGUGUUAUUUUCGAAAUGUUAGCAGGUAUUAUCUGAUAGGAAUCACCAGUUUUGGGCUUGGUUGUGGCCGACCAAGAUAUCCAGGAAUCUAUGUUCGUACAGUUAAUUACAAAAAUUGGAUAGAUGCGCAUUUAAUUGCUAAGACCACCGAUGUGAGCAUUCGAUGGGUUCCCAUCUAUUGGAUUGUUGCAUGGACAGUCUUUUAUAUUCUAUGAAGAGGCAAACUCUCUCUCCAUUGUACUAGAGUGAAGUUGGAUUGCAAAAUUUGAAGCAAAAUUCUUCACUUUUAUCAACAAAUUUAUCGUAUUCCCCCUUAUAAAUUAAAUAUACGUAUAUAUCAGAUGUUAUUUAAAACAUAUGUGUGUAAUGGUCUGUAAAUCACAUUAUGAAAUCAUACUCUUCAAAAUAAAACAAGAAAAUUAACAGUUGAA